AUGCAGAAAACAAACUCAAAUAUAGAGACGUUAAGGGUGCAAGCACUAUCAAUCCUUUGUACACCUCACCCUUUCCUUGAUUUUUCUUGCUUAUCUCCUAUUCAAGAUAAAGUUGAUCCAUGUUGUGGCACAAAUGACCAAAUAAGUGACGAUGCUUCUUUUGAUUUUGAUAACUUUGCUUUCAUCCAAGAUAAUCUUGAUCCAUAUUGUAGCACAAAAAAACACAUAAACAACGACACUGUAUUAGAUUUUGAAGUCUUUGCUCCCGCUCAAGAUAACUCUCAAUUGCAUUGUAGCACAAAUCAACAAAUUCAAAAAAGCGACGAAGAAAAUAAUGAAGAACAAGAAUUUAGUUUUGCAUGCACCAAUGUCAAAGGAAUGCAUAUAUUUGCCGAUGACAUAUUUGAAAAUGGAAAAAUGAGAGCAUUACUGCCUACUUUUGACCAAUCGCUUCAAUUAUUCCCCACCAUAAAUAACAAUGCUUCACAUAUUCGACAUCCUCUAAAGAACAUCUUUAUUAAGAAUUAUUUAAGUCCACAGUCAAUAUCGAGUGGUAUUUCUAAAGAAACUCAAAAUGAGAUAUUGCAAAAUAUUACAAUGAAGGCUUCAAGUGAGUGUUACGAGAAAAGCAACUCAACAGGAUCAUCAAAUCUCUGGAGAUUUAGACAAAAUUUGGAUCUUCGAAGUAACAGUGACCAUAAGGAUUCUUUUGUUAUAUUGAAUCCUUCAGAGUCAAAAACGUCAAUAAAGCCCAAUGUAGAAAACAUCAUUAUUAAAAAGAGGAAAGAGUCAAAAACGUCAAUAAAGCCCAAUGUAGAAAACAUCAUUAUUAAAAAGAGGAAAGGUGAAAAACCCAAAAAUACAUUAACGGCUUAUGAGAAGCUUUAUGUGACAAAUAAAGCAAGAAAAGGGAGCAAUAAACGAAGAUCACUUUUGCCAUACAAACACGGGCUAUUCGGAUUCUUUACCAACAUGCAUGAAUUGAGUAGAAACCUGCACCCCUUUUGA